UUAUGUAAUAAUUAAAGUGGGAAGUAAGGAUAAUUGAGGAGUAUCCAAGCUUCUUACGAGUAAGAAAAAUGGAAACAUCUCUUCGAUAUGCCGGAGAUUCCAAAGCUCUAAGAAUCCAUGCCAAGGAGAAACUCCGAAUCGACACCAACACCUUCUUCCAGGUGCAAGGAGAGCUCGAUACGAGAUAUGGACAACCGAAUUCUCUUCGUGCCCUAAUCAGACAUUUCUACCCAAAUUUAUCUGCAACCCUUGGCGUUGGAAUGAGAUAUGAUAAACAUGAAAAGUUACGCUACACUGUAGUUGCUAAGAAGACAUUUCCUGUCACAAUCAAUGGACUUGUCAACUUUAAGAUUAAGGGAGGCUGUGAUGUUGACAAAGAGUUUAAAGAGAGGAAGUCUAGAGGAGCAGCUGAGUUUUCAUGGAGUGUGUUCAAUUUUCAGAAGGACCAAGAUGUUAGACUUAGAGUCGGCUACGAAAUAUUUGAUCAGGUUCCUUAUCUGCAGAUUAGAGAGAACAAUUGGACUUUUAAUGCAGAUUACAAAGGUAGAUGGAAUGUGAGAUAUGACUUGUGAGAUGAGCAUAAAGCUUCGACAAGUUCUGUUCGUCAUUUUUCUGUAGACGUGUUCUGACUCUGUUUCCCAUCUCAGCAUUUAGCCCCAAUCAAAAAAAAGGCCCAUUCAUAAUUUAUAUAUUUGGUUUUGCAUUAGGAACUAAAGCGAUGUGCAAUACAGAUUAAACAUUGAAUUUGCAUAUGAUUUAUUAUUUAUUUACUAUUUGUAUUAAAGUUCUUCAAGGGAGAUUUGGGAUGUCA